CAAUCGCAUAAGUCCUUAUCGAUUUGUACACAUAAACUUGGGGAUAGAUAUAUGAACAUUAAAUAUCAACGGUUUUAAAAUACUGGGUAAUCGUAGGUUUCAUAUCGAUUUUUUUAUCAUUAAAUAGACUUCUAAUUAGUCAACCAAGGCUAGAUUUCGACAUUCCGAUUACAUGGAUUUAAAUAGAGAAAUGCGCCACAACAAUGAACGAUCGUGCUCGCAUCAGAUAAUUGGAUAAAACCGUGAAUAAUGGAACAUUUUGUCAGGCAGAUGUGAUUCGACAUAGGCGGGUUUUAAUCAAUUCCAAGUCGUCUGCUAAAGCACGGUCAUUGUAUGGAUUGGUUGAACAAGCGUCCUCGUGGUGUGUGUAUGGGGCUUUGUGAAAACUUCAGUAGGUUCGUAGCCUACUAGACUAUAUAUGUCGUGAAAAAAUUAGGACAUUAUUUACUUCUAACCGGGCAAAGUAUAUUGGAUGAAUCCAUGAAUACUUUUGACAACCUUCAAUAUAAGUAUAUUAAGAGUUUAAAUCGUGUAUUCAUGUAGAGGUGAUAUCGUCAUAACUAGCAAUAGCCACCACUUGUGUAUAUAUGACUUCGCUAUAUUGAUAUUCAAGGACACAGACUUUUAUCGACCAGUCUCUACGUCUGUUGGAAAUUUAACUAAUAUCAGGAACUAGCUCACAUUAUGUAGCAGCAGUGUUUACAGGAGUUGACGCGUGAGACUGUUAUUCCUUUAAUUAGCGUCUGUUGUUUUGAUGUGAAAAGUAUAUUAUUAGUUCAAAUUUAUAGCGUGGAUUCUACUUCUGGGCUGUGCAAUUAACUCUUAUAAUGGCAAGCAUCCAAGCGCAUUUAAUGCCAUCCUAUCUUUUACCAAGACUGGGCAUGGAUCAGUUGAAACAAUUAGAAACAAAUUUCAAGGACAAUCGCAAUCCGUCAGAUUUAGAUAUGGUAAUAAUCGCUGCCGAGGUGGGAAUAUCUGAACAGGAAGUUAAGUUAUGGUUUCAGAAUAGAUUAGCAAGAUGGCGACAACAGCAAGGUCUACCAGCUAACAGUGGCUCAGUUACUGACUGAAUAACUUAGCCAUUUUAAAUCCAGAAGAAGUUUUAGCAUUUUCAAAAUGGAAUGGAAUUUCCAUAGUGUUCUUUAGUCUAUUCUGAUUUGUUCUUCAUGUGUUCAUGGUGUUUAGAUCAUUGUCAUUUUUUCGGCAACAGUUGUUUUUAUUCGUUUUAAAAGGAUUGUCUUAAAAUUCGAUUCUUGUUCAGUAGUAUUUUUUAGAUUUGGGGCUGAAUCGCUUCGGUUGCAAUCCGUUAUAUGAAAUCUUUUCAGAUGUCAUAGCUACUAUCGCUUAUCUCAUAACAAACUGACACUAAGUUUAUGUUUAGAAUAUGCCAAGGGAUCGUAAUUGCAAUAUUUCAAAACUACAUUAUUAUAUCUAUAUAAAACAAAAACAUGCAGGAGACCAGUUGCCUUUCCACUGCCUUUUUCGGUCAAAUUCGCCAGCAUGCUUUUUUGCAAUACAUGUAUUAUUAUAUUACAUUUUCGGUUUUUUUUAAUAUCAAAAGGUAGUUCUGUAUUAAAUAUUUUUAUAGAAGUUUUGCGAAUUUUCGCACAUUCCAUAAUAAAUAAAUUUGUACAUUUUAAUAGACACGGCGUUAAUCCAUUGCUAUUCGAUUUCUAUUCUUUGUGUUAUAUAGUAUAAUCAUAGCCAUCCAAAAUACCUCAAACCAAGAGCAUGAAAGAAAUGCAUAAAAAAGUGUAGAAAUGUAUCAUUUAUAACUUACAUGUGGAGUUGAUGUUAAUCUCAUAUCUUUGUAUUAAAAAAUAUCAACUUUUUAUUGUCAUAAUGGAACUUUGCCCAGUCAUAAAGUAAUUUUUUUCUAGUUUAACAGAUUCCUAAGGGAGAUAACUUAAUAAAACGUGUUUAUGUCUGAAUUAGUGUUUUCAAUGGCAAGUUAUGUAAUUGUUGUACUCACAAUGAAUAUAGAAAUUCACACGUUCGUACGUGAACUUGAUAUAUACAUGUUUAUGUAAUGGUAAUAGAUUUGGACUAUUACAGCAAUCUGUUUCAAAAUCAAAUCACCAUUGCCUUGUCCACGAAAUCUUUUGAAUUGAUCCUUUUAAACCUUCAAUGACAAGAAAAACUAAAUAAUCAAGUAGGACCUAUCUUGAAUUGUAUUCUGGUGUGUAGGAUUUAAAUUCCCUUGUAAAAUGCAUUUGAACAACUUAUCAACCAGAAUAUGCGCUACCUGCACUAAGAAUAAGCCAAAAUUAUCACUCCGAAUAGAUUGAAUUGAAACCGAUUAAAUAUAUAAUCUUGACAUUUAUGGUAAUCUGCGAUUAAAAUUAAUCGUAGGCCUUUACCGCGAUGCCUUACCUUGAGUGUUCGGGUAUUGUUAUAGGGCCUAUAGCUUUAUUUAGCUAUGCAUAUCAGUAUAUUGUAUGACUACCACUGAUAAACUAUCAAUGAAUAUACUUGUAAUAUAAAUCAUUAUUUAAUUUAUUAAAUCAAUCCCGUUGUUAUAUGUAAGAUGUUAUCUACAAAUAAAAUAUAAUUUUAA